UAUGAAUUCACUAUACCAGCAACUGCAGAGCCCGGCACAAUUAUUGGCCAGGUUCAUGCUUUUGAUCAAGACAUUACUUCUCCAAAUAAUAAAUUAUUUUAUUACAUUAUUCCAAAAAAGAAUAAUUCCUCAAUUAACUCCAUCAAUGCGGAACAAUUUUUUUCUUUAAAUUCC